AUGAACACAAUCAGAUCAACCUGGAUGGGUUGGGGUGUCCUCUGUGUUGCAGGUGGAGGUGCCUAUUACUUCGCAAAGAGAUCGAUCAACUCCGACCGUGCAGCCCGCUUCGAGGCCGAACAGAAGAAACAAUCUCGGUUACGACGAUUAGAAUCGCAGAGCGGUGCAUUUAGCGAGCCUUCCAUCAGAACUAAGACGAAAGCAAGCUCGAGCAACAAUACCAAAGGCAUCGAUCAUGCAGGAAGUCCCAGCAGUGAGAUUAGUGAAGAGGCUGCGCCUGUGAGCCAUGCACCGGUCGAUGCAGAACAGCGGGCCAGGGAGAAGAGCAAAUACGAAGCUGCAGAGCCUUUUAGGAGUAAAAAGGGCGAUCGCUUCAGUUAA